GUUGAUGAUCAGGUUGGAUCUCGCUUCGAUGCGAAGAUCUUGAAGACUCUGUUGAAGCUCAGCGCUCAUCUUCAGAUGACAAACUUCUUCAAGGCUGGUACAGCCUCGGCUAUUGCAAUGAGGUUUGAUGGUGAGGUCCUGGCUGAUCGUCCGAGGACUCUCUUCUCCAGGAUUCCUUAUGCUGUCUAUCUUGUCGUCGGCAGGAGCUUCUAUGGCUUCCACAUCCGAUUCACUGAGAUCGCUCGUGGUGGUAUCAGACUCAUCUUAUCCAGGAACAGACAGGUCUACAAGAAGAACUGCGCUACUUUGUUGGAGGAGAACUACAACUUGGCCUUUACUCAGCAGCUGAAGAACAAGGAUAUCCCUGAGGGCGGAUCGAAGGGUACCAUCCUCAUGGAUAUGGAUUCUCAGAACUUGAACACCAGUGGUCGUGAUGCUUUCAAUAGCUAUGUUGAUGCUCUCCUCGAUUGCAUCCUGGCCAAGGAGACCGGCCUCUAUUCUAACCUCUCCAAGCCUGAGAUGCUCUUCUUCGGUCCCGAUGAGAAUACUGCUGGAUUCAUGAAGUUGGGUGCUUUGAGAGCCAAGGCUCGUGGUUACAAAUACUGGAAGUCUUUGACUACCGGUAAGUCCGCUGUCCUUGGUGGCAUCCCCCAUGACAAGUACGCCAUGACAACAAACUCCAUUCAUCCUUACGCUACCGAGCUUCUGAACAAGUUGGGUGUUGAGGAGUCUAAGCUCACCAAGGUCAUGUCCGGUGGCCCCGAUGGUGAUCUUGGUUCUAACGAGAUUCUCAUCUCCAAGGAUAAGACCAUUGCUAUCUGUGAUGGUACUGGUGUUGCUUAUGAUCCUCAAGGAUUGAACAGAGAGGAGCUCACUCGUCUUGCUCAUCUCAGAGUUGGUGUUGCUAACUUCUCUCGUGAUAAGUUGUCAAGUGAUCCGAAGGCAUUCUUGGUCACUAUUGACGAUAAGGAUGUAACUCUUCCGAAUGGUGAUCAUUUCAAGUCCGGUGUUGAGGUCCGGAAUCACUUCCCUGAAAUGGAGUACUUCUCCGCUGAUCUCUUCAUCCCUUGUGGUGGCCGCCCUGGUACUAUUAACAUUGGUAAUGUUGAUAAGACCAUGUUCAAUCCUGAGACUAAGGAGCUCAAGUUCAA